CCCCUGCCCACAGCCACAACGGAGUCACCGCGAGGCACAGUAAAGGCAGGUAGCAGCAAUGAUGACUCCAAGAAGUGCGGGAUGCAAGCCUCGUCGUAUAGUUGAGAUUUCAUUGCCCUGUUUCUCCAGUGGUAUCGAGGAUUCACUCAGACUUGGCGGCUAUUGAAAGGACGAGCAGAAGCGCUUGUAUACUCUCGAAAACUCGACAUUCCAUCUCAUAUCACUGUUCGUUGGAUCAGCCUUAUUUGUUUCAUCCAAAUUCCAUCAGCAUAAAACCUCAAAAAUGUAUAUCAAGACCGCCCGACUCGAAAUCCGCGAGUUCACCCUCGACGACGUUCGCUCCUACUACAAGCUCGAAUCCAUCCCAUCCGUCGCCCGCUACCAGUACAACGCCGAGCGCACCAUGGAAGAAUCCAAAGAACAAGUCGGAAAUGCCAUCGAAGCCCAAACCAUUACGCCGCGGAAGGUAUACGAACUUGCCGUAACGCAAGACGAGCGCUUUAUCGGGAGAAUCGGUGCGGUCGUGAAGGACGACCAUGCGGUCAUCUGGUAUUCUUUUAUGCCCGCCGUGCAGGGCAAGGGCUUUGCGACGGAGGCCGUGGAGGCGUUUCUUCCGGAGCUAGGCGACGGCCUCACCCUCGAAAUCGAAUGCGACCCGCGGAACGAGGCAAGCUGGAAGCUAGGUUUACGGUUGGGAUUCAAGGAGAUGGGUCGGGUGGAGAAGGUUGAGUUCUGCAAAGGCGAAUGGGUGGAUUCCUUGGUGAUGCAAAGAGUGGUCCCCAAGGCUGGAGUGGAGGAAAAGAGCCCCGAAGGCGAGUAGCCUGCGCAUUUCCACACUCGAUUGUAAAAAGCUUCAUUCUCCUCAUGCACUUAGAAUAACUAAAGAUCAACCAUCCGUCUCUUUAAAAUUGCUACUCCGUUGUCGUUUCCAAGCUUGCCGCGUUCGGCAUCAUUUUGCCAAGAGAUAUUGCCAAG